UUCUUAUUGAUUUUUCCCCUUUAUACUGUGAGCCUUUUUGAUCUAUAAACAGGUCUUCAUUUAUUUCAGGAGAGUUUCUUCCUAUUAUAUUUUUAAUUUUAGCAAACUUCUCCUGUUAAAAUUUUUGAAACAUUUUUCCCCCCGUUCCCAUUUUUCUGCUCUCUUUUCUAUGAACAUCAAUUGUUCAUAUUGUUGGCUCUCCACUACUUUUCCAUCUAUUUCAUCUUACUAAUCACUUUUAUCUCUGUGCAGUCUGUGUGAUUUUUCUCAAGAUUGUCCUUCAUGUCACUGAUUCUCUUUUCAGCGGUAUAGUUUCUACUUGUUGCUUCUGCUGUGGUUUUCUAUGAUUUUACUCUUUUACUUAGUUUCUUUCCUUAUGACUGUCAGCUAGCUCACUUUUUACUUUGCUGUUGUUUAUCUCUGAUCUCUUGCAUCUCCUUUACUCUCUUGUUUCUUGGAGUCUGUAGUCUGUGUUGGUUUUGUUCCAUUUUGGUUUUGUUUAUUUGUUUUGGAAGUCUAGAAGUUUUUAUUGGAAGUUUUGUUCUGUUUUCUGGAGCAAUUCUUCCAAAGGGUACUUUUCAUCUUUGUUUGUUUCCUUUAUAUUCUUUCUGUAGUACCUGUGCAUGGGUUCUGUAUUAGAUCUGGUUUGUUUAUUACUAAUUUUGAAUGGAGUAAUUCUAUGAAGACUUGCUAUUUACCAGAAAACAACCUUUACGCAAGGUGGAUUUUCAUUGACCUCUAUUUAUCUUGGCACUUUUAUAUUGUAUCCUAAGCACAUGAUCUUGUAUUGUAUCCUUAGCACUUGAGUUAGAGGGUGAGGUAUUGUCACAGUUUAUAAUUUGCCUAGACUGUAGCUUCUUUAAGCUAUUUCUUGUGCUAUUUGUAUUAUCAUACUUUUCCACUGAGGCUGAUGAGUUCUUUAUCCUUAAGACAUACACAGACCUAUGGAGUAUUCUCUCUUGGGAUUUAUUUUCCUCUCUUUGUUAUAGGAAAGCAGGUUAUUCUUACCAAAAAACUGGGUCCUUGAGUUCUGUGUUGUUCAGGUUUUUGGUUUAGUGGUCAGUAUUUGGUUUAUCUCUGUCAGAUUACUUUGGUCCAUGUUUACACAGCUGACUCUCUGGGUUUGAAGAAAAUGAAGAUUAAUGACAGUUUUCUUCAAUUCUAUUCUUCAAUUUGGAAAUGGUCCCUUGAUGUCAUGAAAUGUUCCUUAAUUGUCACAUGGCCUAGCCACCCUCCCCAUACAGAUGAUUGAUGGCAGGGUACCCGAAAACUCUUUUACUUAUUCUUAAAUAAAUCUGUUUAGCUUUAGGCAUCCUUCUUCAGUUUGAUCUAGAUUUUAUAGUAUCUGACAGUCGUGGCCUGUCCCUUGAUUCCUAAUAGGUGAUUUUCUCUCUCUCUCCCUCUUUCUCUCUUUCUCAUUGGAGGGUGAUUCAUUUCAUUGGGUUUCAGGGAGAAGAGUUAAAUAAUUAUGCAGUCACUGUAAUCUCUUUACAAGAAACUUUAUGAGCUUGAAAUUAAAUAAUGUAAAUAAAGCACUUAGAGUCCUUGGCACCCAGUAAGCAUUUAAUAGAUGGUAGCUUUUAUAAAUAAUUUGUUUACUUUAUUGUCUGCUCCACCAGAGUGUAAGUUCCAUGAGGGCAGGGACCUUGUCUGUCAUAUUACCAUAUUACCAGUGCCCAGAACAGUGCCUGACAUGUAGAAGGUAAUUGAGUGACUAAUCAGGGAGCUCAGGUUUCUGGUUGUAGGGGUGAGGGGAGAAAAGGACAGAGAAGCAGAAAAAUCUGAGCUAAUGGUAUAUGUAAGCAACAUAAUUAGCUUCUGCCUUCUUCUCAUUUGUAUGUCUCUGUAUGCAGGGGAAGCCAUUUUGGGGGGGUGCUGAUGGAUACCUGCGGGGUCGGCUGUGUUGACCUGGGGGAGGCCGGCCCCGUGGGGAACAUGACUGUGGUAGACUCUCCUGGACAAGAGGUGCUAAACCAGCUCGGUGUUGAGGCCUCUUCAGAAACAGCAAGUGUGGAGGCUUCUAUAGAGAUGUCUUUACCUACCCCUCGGCCUGAAGUUGAGGACUCUCCUAAUAAGCUGAAGCUUCCUCCAGAGCAGGAAAGCCUCUCUAGACCGGAACAACAGGAUCUUUCUUCAGAGAUGUCAAAGGUCUCAAAGCCUAGGGCAUCCAAGCCUGGCCGGAAGAGAGGUGGUAGGACACGAAAAGGCCCCAAAAGGCCCCAACAACCUAAUCCUCCAUCAGCCCCUCUGGUUCCUGGUCUCUUAGAUCAGUCCAACCCUCUGUCCACCCCUGUGCCUAAGAAACGAGGUCGAAAGUCCAAGGCAGAGCUGCUACUGCUGAAGUUGUCGAAAGGCCUAGAUCAGCCAGAAUCUCCACCUCCAAAGAGGCCCCCUGAGGAUUUUGAGACCCCUCCUGGGGAACGACCCCGCAGGAGGGCUGCCCAAGUGGCACUUCUGUAUCUUCAGGAAUUGGCUGAAGAGCUGUCAACAGCCCUGCCUGCUCCAGUGUCCUGUCCUGAAAGCCCCAAACUGAGCAGCCCCAUGAAACCGAAGAAAAGCCGGCAGCAGGCAGCUGACCAGGGUGGGGAAGAAGAGGAUGAUACUGCACGGGAUGAGGACUUUGUUCUCCAGGUUGAAGCUGAAGAUGGGGAAGAAAGUGAGGCCCCAAGUGAGAGCUCAUCUGACCCCGAGCCUCCAGUGCCCCGAAGCACCCCCCGAGGAUCCACUUCAGGGAAGCAGAAGCCGCACUGCCGAGGUGUGGCUCCGAAUGGCUUACCGAAUCACAUCAUGGCUCCUGUUUGGAAGUGCCUCCAUCUCACCAAGGAACUCCGAGAACAGAAGCAUUCAUACUGGGAGUUUGCUGAAUGGAUUCCUUUGGCCUGGAAGUGGCACUUGUUAUCUGAAAUUGAGGCAGCUUCCUACCUGCCCCAGGAGGAGAAGUCGCCACUCUUUUCAGUACAACGCGAAGGGCUUCCUGAAGAUGCCACCCUUUACCGAAUAAACAGAUUUAGCUCGAUCACAGCACACCCUGAGCGCUGGGAUGUGUCCUUCUUCACGGGGGGACCACUCUGGGCUCUGGACUGGUGCCCAGUGCCAGAGGGGGCAGCAGCCUCACAGUAUGUGGCCCUUUUCUCCAGUCCUGACAUGAAUGAGACACAUGCUCUGAGCCAACUUCAUUCAGGCCCAGGGCUGCUGCAGCUCUGGGACCUUGGGACCUUGCAGCAAGAAAGCUGUCCUGGCAACAGGGCCCACUUUGUCUAUGGGAUUGCUUGUGAUCACGGCUGCAUCUGGGACCUCAAGUUCUGCCCCAGUGGAGCAUGGGAACUUCCAGGCACCCCUCGGAAGGCUCCUCUCCUGCCCCGGCUGGGUCUCUUGGCUCUUGCCUGCUCAGACGGGAAGGUGCUGCUAUUCAGUCUGCCCCAUCCUGAGGCCCUGCUGGCUCAGCAGUCCCCAGAUGCAAUGAAGCCUGCCAUCUAUAAGGUACAAUGUGUGGCCACCCUUCAGGUGGGAUCUAUGCAAGCUGCAGACCCCUCUGAGUGUGGUCAGUGCCUUAGCCUGGCCUGGAUGCCCACCCGGCCACACCACCACCUGGCUGCUGGAUACUAUAAUGGCAUGGUGGUCUUCUGGAACCUUCCUACUAACUCACCUCUGCAGCGGAUACGGCUAUCUGAUGGUUCCUUGAAGCUCUACCCCUUCCAGUGUUUCCUCGCUCAUGACCAGGCUGUGCGUACCCUUCAGUGGUGCAAAGCUAACAGUCACUUCCUGGUCUCUGCUGGGAGUGACCGGAAAAUCAAGUUUUGGGAUCUUCGACGGCCUUAUGAACCAAUAAACUCUAUCAAGCGCUUCUUGAGUACAGAGCUGGCCUGGCUGCUACCCUACAAUGGUGUCACUGUGGCUCAGGACAACUGCUAUGCCUCUUAUGGGCUCUGUGGAAUUCAUUAUAUUGAUGCUGGUUACUUUGGUUUCAAGGCCUACUUCACUGCUCCUCGAAAAGGCACUGUCUGGAGUCUCUCAGGAUCAGACUGGCUUGGGACCAUAGCCGCAGGAGAUAUAUCUGGAGAGCUCAUUGCGGCAAUAUUGCCUGAUAUGGCACUGAACCCAAUAAAUGUCAAGCGACCUGUCGAACGAAGAUUUCCUAUAUAUAAAGCAGAUCUGAUGCCGUAUCAAGAAAGCCCUGAAGGUCAAGAUCACUCUUCUGCUUCCUCUGGGGCCCCCAAUCCUCCCAAGGCUCGAACUUAUGCUGAAACUGUCAACCAUCACUACCUGCUCUUUCAAGACACAGAUUUGGGUUCGUUCCAUGAUCUGCUUCGUAGGGAACCAGUGCUGCGAAUGCAAGAAGGAGAGGGGCAGUCUCAGCUCUGCCUGGACAGGCUGCAGCUGGAGGCUAUUCAUAAGGUACGUUUCAGCCCAAAUCUGGACUCCUAUGGAUGGCUGGUAUCUGGGGGGCAGUCAGGGCUGGUUCGGAUCCAUUUUGUCCGAGGACUCACUUCCCCACUGGGCCACCGUAUGCAGCUUGAAAGCCGAGCCCACUUCAGUACUAUGUUCCAGCCAUCCUCCCCGCCGAAAGGGCCUGCCUUCCCUCCAAUCAGCCAUCGCCUUCUGCCCACUCCCUAGUCUUGGUCCACACACGCCCCUUGGAAUGAAGUUGGUCAAGAACAAAUGGCCCCCAUGCAUAGUGCCACAGGAACUGGGGCCUUCCUGGACAGUGAUGCUGCCCAGGCCUGGACCUUUUCUCCUGCCUCCCAGGACUCCUUAGAUCCCUCUCCUUCCACAGACUUCUCCAAUGAUAACAGCCCUCUGCGGGCAGAGGGGCUCUCCCUCCACAAACUCUCAAGGCUCCUCAGCCUAAAACUAUGGCUUACAAGAAACACUCAGGCCUGACCUAGGCUUGAGAGUCAAAUUGCUCAUAUUGAGCAUAUUGUCAAGUGGGUAAAGCCAAGUAAAGGAAUUGGGUGUUUUUGAGAUCACAUGCAAAUGGGUGUUUGGAGAAUUGGAAAGGGUGUCUGCAUGAAGGCUCCUGUCUGACUGUAUUCCAGGACCCAGUGUUACUGCCUUCUCAAACUUUCUCUUCAGAGUAACCAACACACAAGCUUGUGAGGGAUGUGUAUUGGGCUGAAGCUGAAGUAUUUCUUUAACUGAGGAAUACCACAAAUACCCUACCAAUAGGACAGUGACUCAGAUCUUACUUGCUCCUGCUUAUGAAAUAUUCCCCAUCACUGGUCAUUUGACCCUACUUGAACAUUCCUAGACAGUCAUGUUUUAAAAGAUCUUCUUUAUAUCAAGUCAAAGAGUAUACUAUAAAUUUUAUCCAUGGGUGUUAGGAAAAAUCUAGUCAUUCUUCCCUGUGCUUGUCCUUUUAAGUAUUUAACAAUAGCUAUCACGUAUUUCCCAAGUCUUUUCUUCUCUAGAUUAAAUAUCUUCCAUUACUUCAA